AUGGUGGAGGCUGGUACCUGCCUUGUCGUCUUCAGCCUUCUGGUACUAGUGACGUCAUCUGUACCAGAGAACAAAGAGGUGACGGAGAACGAUGCCUGGGAGACGGCAGUAUUUGACUUCUCACCUUUAAAAGACAACAAGAAUAAAAUUGCUAAAAUUGAAGGAGAGUACGAGGAUGAUACCGUGUUGGCGCCACCCUAUACACUGUGCUGUUGGGUCCUGCCUCUACUCCAACAGGCCACGGGUCUCAUCGUUCACAUCUACGACAACGAGAACUCCCUCGAAAUCAAAUUGCUGGAAGGUCGACUGGGUGUGUCCAUCAACAACACCUGCUCAGUGAUCCUUGAUACACCUGAGCUGGAGUCCCACAAGUGGCAUCAGCUCUGUCUUGCCGUCAAUGACACGGGUUCUGUCUUGUACCUCGCCAAUCACACAUUUGAUUUCCUAUUCGCUGACAAGAAGAUUUGUUUUACGUCUACGAAGGAUGUUGACCGAGUAACGCUCCAGCUGGGUAGUUAUCCCGGAGGGUUUGUGUUCUCGGGGAAACUUGCAAGGGUGCUGCUUUACACGCGGGAGCUCAAUGUGUCGGAGAUCACACAACAUCAACAGUGUCAGCCCGGCCCUCUUGAUUUUCAACGCGUGCUUAAUGUAUCUCACAUUGGUGGGGUUGAGAGGCAGUCGAGAGCCCUGGAGGAGUUCUGCCGGCCACAUCCUUCAGAGUUCAUAGCUCUGUUCAGGGCAUACAACCAUCACUACGAGGCAAGAGCAUUCUGCAAAAGAAUGGGCGGUCGCUUGAUAAACAGAUCUGAUGAUUAUAAACAAAUAGCUCACGAGAUAAGCUCAUCCAAGGACAUCGUAGACCUGAAGGUACUUUUCUGGACAGAAGACAUGGUAUAUAAUUCCAACAAGUACGGUAUUGUACUGUCUGUUACCCGGGCAGAUGAAAUAUAUCACACGCUGGAGUUCAAAUGUUCCUCAAUCCUGAUUGUCACAGCCUGCUUCCUUCCUUAUGGUAUAAAAGUGUAUGUGAAAGGAGAUGAUGUAAUGGAAUUUUCAGCUUUGCCUUACAAUGGGCAACUUAUACUGCAGUCCAAAGAUGGAGCAAUAAUAUCAAAAUCAAAAUGCCCCAAUGAUACAGCAACUAACAAUGAAUGCCUCAAGUCUUCAAUAUGUGAUUAUGAAAUGUACGCACACUUUCUCGACAACCAACUUUACCUCGGACGUAAGGACUGGUUCACACCAAACAUGAUGGCUAAAAAGACUUACACUCUAUCACUGUGUAGUAACGACAGCUUCACGUGUAACGACAGCUCCUGCAUCCCUCUCAUAAACCGUUGUGAUGGCAUCGUUCAGUGUCCCGACCACUCGGAUGAGGGCGACAUCUGCUACAUCUUGGAACAGCCCUCAUCAACUUACUGGAAGUCUGCCUGCCCCGAGGAAUCACCCCUGAUCAACUUAAAAGUCAGACUUUUGGGCGUCAACACAGUAUCUCUCCAGGGAAAUGAAUUCGGCGUGACGCUAUACAUCACGCUGUCAUGGACGGAUCACAGACUAAAGUUCAUUAACCUUGCCAACAAUAUGCUCCCCCUAGAGCCAGAGGAGUUUGACUUAAUAUGGUCACCCGUAGUGUAUUUUGACAACGCCGUGUACAGAGACAACCUCAACAUACUGAAGAAGAUUGAUGUAUUACAAGACAUUACAGUCAGCGCUGUAAGAGAUAGCGAGACAACUAUAGAUAACAGCUAUGAAGUUCAGAAGGUCAAUGGUUCACAUGUCUUCAUCAACCAACACUUCAAGUAUCUCUUUACGUUUUCUUGCACCUUCGAAUUAUUCACCUUUCCGUUUGACACUCAGGAAUGCCAAAUGUCCCUUCGCCUCAAAUGUACCUCAGGGUGUCAACCAAAGUGGAACAGUGAGAGCGAUGAAGGAAUCCAAGUCGAGGGCAAAGAUUUGACCAUUUCCACGUACUCCAUCUCACAACCUCGCUUCACUUACGACGUUUCGGAGGAGAAUGCGCCCACCGAGGUUAUAGUUUACGUGCUGUUCACCAGGAAGUUCAUAGCAUAUCUCUUGACGACAUUCCUGCCGUGCAUCGUCCUGUGUAUUCUGUCGCAUCUCACUCUGACGCACUUCCAGCUCGACAACUUCACCGACAGGAUCACCGUCACGCUGUCGUUGCUCAUCGUCAUAGCGUCGCUCUUCUCCCAGGUGUCGUCUUCUCUUCCCAGCGGUCCUAUGCCUAAGCUCGUUGACUUCUUCUUCUUCUACUGCAUCCUGCGGGUGAGUUUUGUCUUCUUUCUUCACAGCUGCAUCCAGAAAAGUCUCACGGGCCGGCAAGAAACCCCAGACUCGGCAGACACAAUUACGAUGAAAGAUCCGUCGCUGGACAUCAACGUGAAGGUCGCCUGGGUUAGCGAUGUCACCAAACAUCGCCCCACACGAAGGUUCAACACGCCGCAGAUCAUCAACAGACUGGGUAUCGUCUCUGUCUUACUUUGCGAUGUUACGAUUACGUGUUUAUUCGCGUACUGGGCUAUUUCUGAACAAAUUGAAAAGGAUGAUAGAUUUUCUACCUACAACUACACAAAGAAGGAUUAAAUAUAACACAGCGGAAAAUUAAAUAUGACAGAAGUGAAUUAAAUAUGGUAGGAUAAUUAAAUAGACAAAGACAAUAGAUUUCUACUUUCAAUUACACACCAAAAAAAAAAUAUCUGAUAUGAAAAAGAUAAGGAAAUCCUCUUCUCACUUGUGUCUCAGCUCAGGACUUGAACCCAAGACACAGUAGUGAGAGAUACAUGUCUCACCCUUUAAUAUCACCAACAGUAAUGUCAGGUACCCAUUGACAGCUGGGUGGACUUAGGGUCUCCUAGGCAAGAACGAGUGACACUUAGGAGGAAAGACGAAUGCUGUACCCACUUGACCACUGCACUCCCUCCCCCCCACCACAUAAUGUAUACUGUAUUUCUGCACUGUUUAUGUAAGUGUUAUUCCAUAUAUGAUACAGUGAAACUUUUAUUUAAUGGACUAUAUAGAGAUGAAAGUCCAUUAUAUCGAGGGUCCAUUAGAUGUGAAACCUCCAUCUAACGAACUAUUUGGAGAGAAAAGUUCAUUAUAUGGAGGUUUCAUUGUAAUAAAAAGUUACAAUGAUACUUUGAGAUGCAUAUACAGUAACACACAGUAGCACUCACAUUCAAGCAGACAGGUUCUCACUUCCUUCGAGUUUUGACAAAUACGGGACAAAAAAUACAUAGUCUAUAACCAAAGCAAAUUAUAUAGUCAAGCUUAAUACAAUCUCAAGAGACCUUCAUAAAUUCAGGACAUGUGUGUAUAAUGUGUUCACUCCAAGCUUACAAGUGGACCAAAUCAACUGAACCUCAUGAUUGGUCAACUUUUUAUUUUUCACUCUCAAGAUAUCUAUGUUAUUAGCGUGUUUAACAUAUUUAUUUUAACUUUCCUGGCUCUGAUUAUCAUUCUACAUUAACACUUACUUGUUAAUAUUACUUGAAAAUUGCAGAAUAUAAAGAAAAUAUAAUGUAGAGCUCUAAACUAACCUAAGGCAUCUCAUUCCCUACAGACUUGAUGAAACCUGAUCUAGUUUCUUGUUCCAAAGCUUGUGUGAAUGGACUACUGUAUAGUUUGUUUGGUAGUCAUAGUUCAAUAAGGUCAUAAAAGUUCAAUAGUAAAGAUCAAAACAAAAUCUCAAAGCCCCAAGACGCAAGAGGGUAUAGUUGUGUUAUGAUAUAUAUAUACAGUGAACCCUCACUUUACGCGGUUAAUUCAACCCACAGGGUACCGCGGAAAGUGAG